CGAAUAAGCUCAGUUAUCCCGCGUUUAUCCGUGCUAACUAGAGCGCUCGCAGCGCGUGGCGAUUUCCGAGUUACCCGGUAGACGAGACCCGAGGAUCGCGAUCCAGUAGGAAUCGCGGCCCGGAAGUCCCUUCUGUGUCCACGAAUCGAAGGUCAAGGCUACCGGAGGUAUGGGUAAAGACUGUGGAAUAUGUGGGAUUUAUCCGAGGUGGCUGCGAAAUCGAGCCACCCCGAGAACUUUCAUCGUGGUGUACGGUUUGCUGGGCACCGUCCAGGCGAUGGCCUUCAUCUACAUUGUCGUCACCCUGACGACUUUGGAGAAGAGAUUCAAGAUACCCAGUCGUACGACUGGGUUGAUCCUUUCGGGUAACGAGAUCUCUGAGAUCUUGUCCCUGGUUUUAACCUAUUACGGUGGGUCCAGCCAUCGGCCAAGAUGGAUCGCAGUUGGAGUCGGCUUGAGCUCAUUGUCCUGUCUCGUUUUGGCACUGCCGCACUUCAUAUACGGUCCUGGAAAGGACGCCUUGGCAUUGACGAAGGAAUAUCUAGACCAGACCUUGUUGAACAUGACAACUCUCCCGAAUGACCUCGCGAUCUGCCCGCGUAUGGAUCAGCCGGAACUCUGCGACGCCGAAACCAAGUUGAGCUUUAGUUAUCUCCCUCGACUAUUAGUUUUUUUAUCUCAAUUUAUCCUUGGUAUCGGAACUACUCUUUAUUACUGUUUGGGACAGACGUAUUUAGACGACAACACGAAGAAGAAAAAUACACCUAUGCUAUUAGGUUUUACGUUCGCUUUACGUACCGUGGGUCCGACGAUCGGAUUUCUAUUGGGCUAUGGUUGUCUGAGUUUAUACAUAGACCCAAACCUUCAUCCUGUUAUUUCGAAGAAAGACCCGCGAUGGUUAGGCGCAUGGUGGCUCGGAUGGAUCAUUCUUGGCUUUAUAAUGGGUGUGUUCGCUAUUUUGAUUGCUUUGUUUCCACGUGAGCUUCCAAAAUCGAAAGAUACUUCUAAACAGACUCCUAAACAGGAUGGCGAAAUACCUUUGAAGUUAGAUUUAGUGCUGCAGCAGAAGCCUCCGAUACAGAUGGACCGUACCAGCAGUGCCAACCCAAUACCCUUGGAAACUGAGUACAUACCGACAAUCCGUGAAUUUCCGAAAGCCAUGAAACGGCUGUUAACGAACUGGCUGUUGACCUGCAACAAUUUAAGCGGCGUAUUUUACGUGCUCGGCGCUUCUGCCUAUAUCACAUUCAUAGCGAAGUAUCUUGAAGUUCAAUAUGGUACGUCCGCGGCUGGCGGUACUGUAAUAGCAGGUCCCAUAUCGCUGUUUGGUAUGAUAUUAGGAUUUCUGCUAUCGGGAUUAAUAAUUACCAAAUUUAAACCGGGCCCCAGGCCGCUUCUCGCGUGGAAUGUACUCGUUGGUAUUUGCUUCGUCUUGGGACAAAUAGUGUUUAUAUUUCUUGGUUGCACGGGUUCUGGGAUACGCGGUAUAGACUUGGAGACUUUGCAAAUGAAUUUGACAGCUGGUUGCAAUGCCGAUUGCAACUGCGUAGGUGUCAAAUAUUCACCGGUCUGCCACGAGGCGUCGAAGACGACUUUCUUCUCUGCCUGUCACGCGGGAUGCCGAACGAUGCUGGACGACAAACAGUUUGGAAACUGCAGUUGUCUACCGUUGAACGAAUCGAGCUAUGUCGGAGACUACUCCGAUUACUUUGGCGGCUCCGGCAGAGCCGUCACUUUGGAACAGCAGAUGUUCGACUCGCAAGCACUCCCGCCGCUCUUCGACAAAGUUAAAGCCGGCCCGUGCACCACCGAUUGCAACCGGCCGUAUUUGCUCUUCAUGGUGAUCACUUGCGUGAUCCAACUGUUGGGCUGUUCCGGGAGAAUCGGUAAUGUUCUAGUGAACUACAGAUGCGUCGACAAGAAGGACAAGAGCUUCGCUCAGGGUAUCACGCUUAUGAUCAUCUCGCUACUGGCUCUAAUUCCGGGACCGAUUAUCUACGGAGCUAUCAUCGAUUCGACUUGUUUGAUAUGGGAGGAAUCCUGCGGAACUAGAGGAAACUGCUGGUUUUAUCACCGAGACAACUUCCGAUACUUGGUGAACAUUUCAGCGGCCGGAUUUACCAUAAUAGGGGUACUAUUUGAUGCUAUGGUUUGUUAUCUCGGCAAAAAUUUGGAUCUAUACGGCGACAUGGAGAGCGACAAGAGGCGCGAGUUCGUGAAAGAAGACGUUGCGAUGGAUAAUGUAGACAGGAAGAAGGAAGUUAAUGGGACUUUAAAUCAGAGGACAGAGCAGAGUCGUCUAUAACGCUCGCUGUCGCCCGAUAGUGGACAAAUCCGAUGAGAUUUGUGAAAUUGCUCUAGGUACCUGAAAAAUUUCGGGGCUUUUGUGACUGACGCCGAACAUUCCGAUGAUUAGUAGGUAGUGCAAUAAUUUUAUUAGUGAUAGAAACUAUAAUCGUGUAAAUAACGUUAUUGCAUUUUAAUUGUUAAACUCUCAACCUUCUAGAUACUUGGAACGGAAAGCUGCGAGCUAUUCGUUGUUACAAUUUUGUUGUUAAAUCUUUAUUUUUCGAAUCAUACUCAUUUCUAUUUCUUUGUAAAUAAAUCACGUUUAUUUUUUAUUAA